CCACACUCGCCGCUAAACUGGACAAAGAUCCUUUGGUCCCACAUAAUCUCAACUCUGUAAAAUGGGAACACAUCGAGUUAGUGGUGAAACGCUAUAUGCAAACAUGUAGUCGUAAUCACACCGAAGACUUACGUUUAGCAGCUAAACGUGCGCCGAAACAAAGAAGCCUGGGGCCAUACGAACUGCCCUACGCUGUUUGCUAUCUAAUUUAUCAACGCCCUCUGUAUGCAACGCUUGUCUGCGACAUAUGCAAGGAAGCUUGUCAGCAUGCCCCGCUAAACAUUGCUUUGCUAGUGGACAAUAAGAAAGCACGCGACCUCAUCGCGCCUCAAUACAUCUCUCGUGUUUCGGAGAAUAUCGGUUUUUCCUCCAUUUUAUCGAAAGUAUUGUUCUCUUUUCUACAGCAACAACCUUCGACGAUAGCGUCGCUUAUUCUAGCCUCAAUCGAUCGACGUCAACUAGCACCAUCAUUCAUUUAUAUCCCUCCAGCGCUUGUGCUCUGUUUGCCGUGCCGUGCAAUAUGGGAUUUCGUGAUAAUUCUGAUGCCGAGGACUUGCUCCGCUCUUCGACCCUCAAGAGAAUUAAAUCUAGUACACCACCACUCGACCCGACGCCCACUGCUAGACGUUGGCUUAGUACGAUUUUGUAUGUCCCAUCAAUGACCACACCUUGACUAGACCAAAAUUUGAAUGUUUGAAUGAGGAUAGUAAUCGAAGGAAGACCAGCGAGAAAAAUGAUGAAGGUGGGCCGGCAAAAACUCUCGUACCUGAAGUAAGAAGGACUAAACAAUUACUAUACCUUUAUAUGUACUUGUCUACGUUUCCUACACAACUCUUCUUUCUACCUUUCAUUUGAAAAAAUGUCACCUUUAAAACGAAAGCAAAAGGCUACCUGAAAAAGGACGCGUGCACCAGACGAAAAAAUCACCGCCCCUUAAGGAAUUAAUGCGUGCAGCAGAUGCCCACACCAAUACCACGACACGCGCGGUCGACAACCGUAUAUGCUUAGUGUUUAGAAAUCAGAUUGGAACAAUAUAAAGCUUUGACGGUUAUAAGGCGAAC